ACUACAAAAAGGUCAAAUUUGAUCAGUUGGAGCAGAUUACAAGGGCUUUAAAAGGUAGUGGUGAAGAAAUGAAACUGGGACUGUGAAGCAAUAUAGCACAAGAUUGAUUUUGGGGGUGGAGAGAAGCUGGGACAAGUGCUUAUCAGCUUGAGAGGAGGAAGAGCUGUGCUGGGUUUGUUGUCAUUCCCACACUGAGUAGAGUACUUGCUGCUUUUGUGGUUAGCCUUCCCUGCCGUGGUUUUUCUUCUUUUUUCUUUUUUUCGUUUUUAAUAUACAUAUUUUAUUAUUGUUAUUACUACAAUGGUGUCUAUAAUCUCUGACUUGGAUCCUCUGAAAAGCUGGAAAGUUUUAAGAGAGACUGCCACAGAGUUAUCUGGAACAUUACCAAGUAACGGCACAGCUAACAAGAUGAAUGGAGCUUUGGAUCAUUCAGACCAACCAGACCCAGAUGCCAUUAAGAUGUUUGUUGGACAGAUUCCCCGUUCGUGGUCAGAAAAAGAAUUAAAAGAACUUUUUGAGCCUUAUGGAGCUGUCUACCAGAUUAAUGUUCUCCGAGACAGAAGUCAGAACCCUCCCCAAAGUAAAGGUUGUUGUUUCGUAACAUUUUAUACAAGAAAAGCUGCUCUUGAGGCACAGAAUGCACUGCACAAUAUUAAAACUUUACCUGGGAUGCAUCAUCCUAUUCAGAUGAAACCUGCAGAUAGUGAAAAGUCAAAUGCUGUGGAAGACAGAAAAUUGUUCAUAGGAAUGGUUUCGAAGAAGUGUAAUGAGAAUGAUAUCAGGGUGAUGUUUUCUCCGUUCGGCCAGAUAGAAGAAUGCCGAAUCCUUCGGGGACCAGAUGGGCUGAGCCGAGGCUGUGCGUUUGUCACAUUUUCUACAAGGGCAAUGGCACAGAAUGCAAUCAAAGCCAUGCACCAGUCUCAGACCAUGGAGGGCUGCUCUUCGCCAAUCGUGGUGAAGUUUGCUGACACCCAAAAGGACAAGGAGCAGCGGCGUUUGCAGCAGCAGUUGGCUCAGCAGAUGCAACAGCUCAAUACUGCCACUUGGGGAAACCUCACAGGUCUUGGAGGACUCACACCACAAUAUCUAGCUCUCCUGCAGCAAGCAACUUCCUCCAGUAACUUGGGUGCCUUCAGCGGCAUUCAGCAAAUGGCCGGCAUGAACGCUUUACAAUUACAGAAUUUGGCAACUUUAGCAGCCGCAGCAGCUGCCGCCCAGACCUCAGCUACCACCACCAAUGCAAACCCUCUCUCCACAACGACUGGUGCUCUGGGAGCCCUCACAAGUCCUGUGGCUGCAUCAACUGCUAAUUCCACAGCUGGUGCGGCCAUGAAUUCUUUGACUUCUCUGGGUACUCUCCAAGGACUGGCUGGAGCCACUGUUGGACUGAAUAAUAUUAAUGCACUAGCAGGUACCGUAAACAUUGCUCAAAUGCUCUCAGGUAUGGCGGCCCUGAACGGAGGACUCGGCGCAACAGGCCUGACGAACGGCACGGCUGGCACGAUGGACGCGCUCACCCAGGCCUACUCAGGAAUCCAGCAGUACGCGGCCGCCGCGCUGCCCACCCUCUACAGCCAGAGCCUGCUGCAGCAGCAGAGCGCCGCAGGCAGCCAGAAGGAAGGUCCGGAAGGGGCAAACCUCUUUAUUUACCACCUCCCCCAGGAGUUUGGAGACCAGGACAUUCUGCAGAUGUUCAUGCCUUUUGGAAAUGUUAUCUCUGCUAAAGUCUUCAUUGACAAACAGACCAAUUUGAGCAAGUGCUUUGGUUUUGUUAGCUAUGACAAUCCGGUCUCUGCACAAGCUGCUAUCCAGGCUAUGAACGGCUUUCAGAUUGGCAUGAAACGCUUGAAGGUUCAGCUGAAACGCUCCAAAAAUGACAGCAAACCUUACUGAUCUUAACCCCAGAUGCUUACUGCUCUUGUUUUAGCUUUCUUAGGGUAAGUCCCAUGAGCAAACCUGUCCUCUGCAGGGGGGUUAAGAAAGAACAUAGAGCCAACCUUCACCAAGAGACAGUUAUUUUUACAGUUACCACUUCCAUCUCCCCACUUGUCCUUACUACACUUGGCUCCCAUUUCCUUGCCAAGUAAUUACUGAGUUGUGUUACUGUAUUUUGUUUUGCAGCAUAAUUUAUCUCCUUUUUGAAACAAAAAUAAACGUCUUGAAGUUCUAAACAGCACACACACACAGACACACAAAAAUGUGCAAUUUAACUCUGUGAACCCUGGUGCCAUUAGCACACAAUAAAAGUUGUUUUCUAUGGAUGGAUCGUAUUUUACCAGGGUGGCACCAGCAGUUUAUAGGUUAAACAAAAUGGCCUCAUGCCAGUUGAAGCACUUAUUUUGCAACAAAAAUUGAAAACAAGUCUUUCCACUACAUCAACUUGUUUUUUGAGAAGAUCUGAUUUUUUUUUCGGUUCAAACCAACGUAUUGUUAUAUAUUAGUCUGAUUUUACACUGGUCGUCUUUAUAUUUCAUUUUUUUUAAGUUCUUGUUUUUUUGGAAAGGAUUAAUGUAAAAAAGAUUUAGAGAUCUGUUUCUAAAGCUACAGGGUUUAAAAUAAAAAAAAUAAAAUAAAAUGAGUGACAAUACUUGAUGUUUCUUGAGAGAUAAAUUUAAUAAUAAUAAAAAAAAGAAAGCCACAGGCCUGUAAAUUUUAUUUGUAAAAAGCAUUUCUAUUUUUAUACAAAAUUUUUACUGCCUCAGAAAUAAUGGAAUUUAUUUAUUGCCUAUUGUUAACUUAUUGGAUACCUAAAGAGCAGCUCUCUAUGCUAGCUAGAUCCUUUGAAGUAGUCUCUAGAGUAAUUGUGCCAAGAAUGGGCGCUUUUUCACUGUUGAACCCUCCACCCUUUGCAGUUCAUGCUUUUAUCCUCUUGUUUGUAUUUGUCUGGUUAUUUUGUUCGUAGUUUCCAUUACCUAGUUUAAAGUUCAGUUGUCUGACCCUUUUUCCCCCCUCUCCCUGAACCUUUCUGUUACAUUUGUAGAAACUGGUUCUUUCCUCUCUUUUCUCCCCAAAGAGGAAUCCAUUUUCUCUGACUCCUUUCAGAUGGAUUCUUUUGGGGUUCCAUUGUGUUCUUGUUGACAAGUAUUGUAAGUUAAUGCAAAUUAUGUGAACGGCUCGUAGGCUCUACUGAUAAAAGAUUUGCAUUAGUUUUCUCCUGCACCCAUAAAAGUGAUUUUGUUUGUGCUGCAUAGAUUCUGUGUAACUUUUUUUCCUCUUCCUUGUUUUUUCCCUAGACAUCUCCAUGCCCGUUAGCCCAUCGUUUGCCUAGCAUGUCCCUGUGGCGUCUCAAAAAAAAAAAGUUUCAUCGUCCCGUCAUUGUUUCUGAUGUCUUUCUGACCUCACAUCAUAUUUGGUUCUCCUACUGACCUAGUUUGACCUUUGAAAUUUGCAUGUGACCUCAUCUAGCUAUGAAUUCUGGGAAGUCAAUGUGAAAAAACAUUGCUGCAUUCAUGCAAGACUGAAAUUUAUUAUUAGAUAAAUUAAUGAUAGGAUUUAAAAACAACCUGUGGCAAAAUGUUUUUUCUUUCUUUCCUUUUAUUUUUUUUUUUUUUUUAGUUUUGGUUUUUGGUUUUCUUCUUUCCUUGGAGAUUUUGUUUCCUUUUGUUUGGGUUUUUUGUUUUGGGUUUUUUUCUUGGUUGAUUUUUUGUUUUGGUUUGGUUUUUUUUUCAUUUCGUAAAAAAAAAAAUAAAAAAAAAACAGACUUGAAAGUAUUAUACAGGGAUUGGCAUUCUGCCUGGUCACUGGUGACAAUAGCAAUAUGUGUCCAGAGGCACAGAAUGUUGGUUUCUAACAGACUACUUCCAAAACAGUUUGAGAAAUAAAACUGUCUGAUUUUAAGUCUCUAGAGGUCUGUAAUAGUUUUUACAUUUUUCAGGCAGUGUAAAGUUUUUUGAUAAGGCCAUUUUAGGUGGCUCACUUUCUCAUUAAAGUAUAUAUAUAGAACCACUUUUUGUAGAUUAGUAUAAGAAAAUAUUUACCCUGUUUUAGGGCAAAUGCUACCUACUUGUGUCACCUUUUGCUGAACUGACUCACAGUUAGACAAUCCAUGGUUUAAUGCACAUGAAAUUACCUAUAUUUUAUACUGUUUCAAUGUACAGAAGAAAGGUUACUGUAAAAUGUGUUACGUUGGUGCUUCUGUGAAUUAAGUUGUGGUUUCAUCAUGAGUCUUAUGGUCUUAAGUGUUCUAUGUUUAUAAAAAGACAAGUUUAAAAUUGGUUUACUUGAACAACAAGAACAAAAAGAAGAUUCAAAAAAAAAACACAAAAAAAAAGUUGUUUGCUUAAAAAAAAUAAUUUCAUGUGAAAAUGAAAAAAUAUUCCAGAAUAAGUUUGUGUUGGCUUGUGACGCAUUGAUGUCAUUUUUUUAUUGUGAACAAUUUAGGUGUGUUUGUGUUCAGCAAAAUGUGAUCAGUUUUUCUUUUAAAGAAAAAAAAAAUCAGUGAAACUAUAGUGCCAAAUUCCAAAGGUACUUUCUUCCUAGAGCUUCAGUGUGUUUCUUGUGUGAAGUAAUUUGAUAACAUGGGUAUUUUAUUAUGUGUUUUGUAUAAAUCCCUAAUAUUUAAAGAAAAAAAGAGGUUAAAAAGUUUGUUAACUUGCUAUCCUGUGGUCUUGUUGCCUGAAAUUGUUAUUGUUUGUUAUUUCUCUUUGAUGUUUUUUGUAAAACAUUGUAUAAGUGCCCAUGUUUCACUUUUUUAACCACUCUGCACACAUCAAUGCUGUGAAAGCAAACCUCACUAUGUAUUUUCUUCAUAUUGUAUGGAAACCUCUAAGGUGAGAAAGUUUUGAACUUUUAACCCUUUCCACCCAGAGCUGUCUUGAGUGUUAAUACCUUUUAUACAUUCACCAUUUUGCUGUUUAUUUUUAUAUAUAUAUCUAUAUCUAUAAAUAUAUAUAUACUUAGUUUUUUGUGGUUUAUUUAAUACAUGGUUGAAAUCAGAACAAUGCACAGGGCAGAUCUGAAGGACAAAAAUAUUUUACUGCUGUCUAAAUUUCUUCUGUAUCUAUAACUAAAAUUAUUUAAAACCGUAAUUAACUUGUGGUUUUCCUUUUUAGAUUUUGGGGAUUUUGUCUUUUCUUAAAGAGCUUUUAAUAUGCUGCUGGAAUAUGCUAUUCAGUAUUAAUAAAAUAAAAGAAAAAGAAAACAAUUCUUUAAUUAUCUAUUGUGUGAACCACUCCCAGACAGGAGCGGUCAAUCCACCAUUUGAAAACCUUGAGGAGAAAAAAAAAAAAACAGAAUAAUAAUAUUUUUGUAAUUUAAAUAAAUGAACUUUUGCUUAAAUCAGAUGCACUAGAUCUUCCUGGGUGAAAAUUCAGUGUGCACUGCAGUUAAACUACUUUUUAUGGAUAAAGUUUACAUACACUGUAAUGUUUGGUGUUAUUUGCCAUUAUUUGUCACGGCAAUAUAUUGGCUUACUCCUGCAGACACUCGUACCGAGAGGAGUAACUUUACUCGUACCCGUGGUCCAUGGCAAUAUCUGUGUGACUGAUGUGGGUGUUUGCUGGAGGAAGCUCUUUGUAAGGAACCAGAAAAAAGAUGCUGGUAGCCCUUUUCACUGCCUUGUAAGUCUGAUUGGGUUGCGUUUCUACCGCACAAACAGUGACCAACAACCAAAUUGGGUUCUUUGCCACCGGUUUAGCGAAUUCAUUGCCAAUCCAAUGCGUGUGAGCAGCAGUACCUGCUACAGGUCAUAAAGUGCCAUACCUUCUUCCACCUCCUAGUUCUAUCUGGUUAUAUCUGAAGCCACCUAAAAUUAAAAAUGAAGCCCUAUAUGAGCAACAUCAGCUGGUGCACUCUUGUCUCUCAUCCCCAACUUAAAUGCUUCUUUAUGUAGAGCCCUGGGAUGGAAAGGACUAGCCUCUAGUGAUGCAAAAAAAUUUCCUUCUUAUAGCACAUGCACUUAUAAAUAAAUUAUCUAUACUUUUCUCACGUUUUUACUACUGCUGGGGCCUUCCUACACCCUUUGAGGGCUAUUUUGUACUACUUGCAGCAAUUGUGCGUAUUCAAAGUAUCAUCUCACGUACGUUAUAUUAUAUAUAUGUACAUAUAUAUAUAUAUAAUAUGAGAUCAUCAUUUGGACUGUUUAGAGACUGUUUCACUAAUUUUUCUCAUUGUACCCACCGUCUAAAUUUCCAAAGCUUUUGUAGAUGCCCUGGUGUGUCCUGUGGGUUUUCCAGUCCAGUUAGAGCCUCUGGUCCUUGGGCAGUGUAACUCGGCACCAGGCUGCCCUGAAUUACUCCACGGGACAUUGGCUUAGCAGUGGGAGACAAGGAAUGUUUCUGUACUUCCAGGCAACUGAGAUGAGUCAUUGCUUUAAAAAACUGUCCAUCUCUGGGAAAAAAGAUAAAUUCAAAAAUAAAAACUAAAAUUCAAAUACAAAACCAAAAACCCAAACAUACACCUCCUGGAGGCAAAUUAUCUACCAGGUCUCUUUCAAAAUAAUGAAAGGAAAAAGCUGCAAGGGUGCAAGGGCCUAAUAAGAGAGGAAGUAAAACAAGGGAAAUUGCUUUACAAAAUUCUAAUCAAAAGACUAGACUAGUUGUUUUAUCAAACAAAUUAGCUAAUUGCAAUGAAAUGGCAGUCCUCAAAGGAGUAACAAGUUCAUCUUUCUUUCACCAUAGGGGUUACAGUUCCUUGGCUUGUGCUACUCUGGAAUCAUUUUACUGUUUCUGUUUUUAUUAUCUUAAGUGCUAAUUAACAAAAGGAAAAAAAAUAUCCUGUAGUUUCAUUACCUUUUUGGAUAAUGUCAUACAAAAAGAAAAAAAAAAACAAACCUAUGUAUUUGUGUUUUUUUCGUGCUGUGGGAAUUGUUGUUUGUAGAUUAAUAAUACUAUCAUUUUGUUUAGAAUUACAAAAUAGUUUUUAAGUAUUGUCUGAGAAAAGCCAAAGUUAAUGCAAUCUAGUGGAAACUGUAAGACCAUUUGAGUAUUGUUUCUGUUUUAUUGAUGCAUUUGGAUUUUGUUGUUUGAUGGAAUUUGAGCCAAAAAAAAAAAAAAAAGAACAAAAAAAAGGCAAAAAAAAAAGCAGGCUUUCCUAUUUCUACAACUUGAUUGUACUUAUGCAUUUUGUACCAGUGGAACUUUUUAUACUGGAGAUUAAAAAACAAAUGGAAAUUUUUGUGGCUUACUCUUGUGGGCCCCCUCGAUCAUGACUGAUUUUCAAGUUUGAUUUCUGGACGGUAGAAAGAGAGUUGGUUUUGUUUCGAGAAUUCAAAACUUUGGCUUGAUUUCUUUUUUUCCCUUUGCUUAUAUCUAGUGUUUAGAAUUUUGUCUUAACAAAAGCGGUAAGUUUCACUUUUUAUUCUGUAUCGUGCAGUUACACAAUAAGGUAAUUAGAAUUAGGAGUACUCGGUCACUUUGCGUGGAUAAAUGUAUUAGUUAAAACGUUAGGGGUUUGCUUUUUUGCUGUUUAGAUCAGAGUUUUUUCUGAUUCUUCUGUCCUCAUUGUGAACAUAACCGUGUAGUUGAAACAGUCAGACUUAUUUUUGUAACGUAUGUUAUUGUGUGAUGCAGUUUUUUGCUUCUGUCUCCAAUAUUAAACCAUUUUCCUAAUA